CAUUCAGUGCAGGAGAUUGAAUUCAGCAUUGAAUUUUAGCAUUCAGUGCAGGAAAUGAGGGACAUUUCAGUAAGAAUCCGGGACUGUGGGCUGAGCUGUCAAAAGAGGGACUGUCCCGCCAAAAUUCAGACAGUUGGGAGGGGAUGAUCUUCUAUUGCUGUCACAAUGAACCGAGGCAACAGCUGCCCAUUUGCGCCAGCUUCCAGCUCUACCGGAUCAGAACCAAAGGCUCCAGCAGUUCACAGGCAGCAGAAUAAUGCUAAUCAGAGUACUGCAAAUUCACUUUUGAGGGUGAAGAGAAGAAAAACCAAAAAGGAACGGAACUCUGCCAGGUUUAACCAGUCAGAUGGACAGCGAUUUCUGCCCAGUGGGUCUAAGUGUCCCUUUGUAAGAAAGAAAAACCCACGUGCUCAUUCUGGUUUUGUAAGGGUUGUCCCCCCAUUUGCUAUAAGGGGUGAAUGCAACUCAAACCCCAUUAUAAUAACUCAGGGUAGAUUAACUCAUCACAUGGGCCUGUUUCAUGGAGAAGUUAAAUCUAUUGACAUUAAAAGACUGGACUUGGUAAAAGAUGCUGCCAAGGAAGUGCAGCCUGAUAACAUAGCACAGCUAGACACAGGCGAGGGGAAUCUGGCCCCCAGACUUGAUCCUACUCCGAUAACUGUACUGGAAGAUCAGGGAGGAGCAACAUCCCUAAAACACACGGCACCAGAAAGCCACAUCUUGGGCUCAAAGCCACUCUUAUCUCAGAAUAAGGAAAGGGGAGACUUAACCCCAUUUACACAAGGAUCAAGUGCCCGCUUACCUCUGACUUCCCCUCACAGCCAGCCUAAAAUUCCAAACUGCCAAAGGCAAAGCAUUCCAGUCCCAGAGGCAGCUGAGAAGAUAUUUAAAAUGCUAGAUUCCCGGUCAUUAUUUCCAGCCCGGAACCUGGUGACUGAAACAAAAAAAUCCAUCUUGGCCAAGUUAAAGCAGCAGCAGCGUAUGUUGGGAACUAACUUGUCACCAUUAUCUUUGCUAAAAAAGCUGAAUUAUAUCCACAGAGGUAUGUCUGUCAUUCCUGAAGGCUCAGGAUUGGGCUACUCUAAGAAGACAGAUGACACACAGACAGGUCAUGGACCACAAAGUGUCCCUGGGCAGAAUUAUAUAUCCCCAUUUCCAGUUAGUACCUUGUCUGGAACAAGCUCCAUGCAUAAGGCACAAGCUGUGUGUGCAGAUAGCUGCCAUGCUGAAAUGGACCUCUCUAACCAGCUGCUGGGUUACAGACCAGGCUAUAAACAUAAGGGCCAGCUGUUAUAUUCAGAGACUGGCUCCCAUUUAUGUGAAGGCAUAGCACCAAGGGACCAGUUCAGUCUGAUGCCAGAGAGCGGGACCAAUGUAAAAUGGAGACCUUCAUGUAAUGAUAUAAUGGCAUGUACACACACUGGCCAUCCACUUAGUGAAACAAUCAGCCCAAGGCAAUGGGACACGAGGAAAUGCACCACUCCUAUUAGAAGGCCCUUAUUGGACAUGUUCACUGUGCCAGGCUCCCAGAUAGACAGAGGAAACUGGCCUGGCAUGGCAGCUGAAUGUGCAGCGAGUAUAAGGAACAGGCCCAAUGAACAUGGAGCUUCUUUUGGUGUGCAAAGGGAUAUAUGGAACUAUGACACAGGCAAAUCUCCAGGUUUUGCAUUUUCCCGCCCUUGCUUAGAUUCAUCAACUCGAGCACCCAGGUUGCACUGUGGGGAACUAAAUCCACACAGGGACUCAACAUUCAGCAUUGAAAGCAGCCUGGGCUGUAUUCCAAGGGGCCUGGGGUGCCAGAGCUCUGUUGCUCCAGAAAAUUUCAAUUGUAAAGAUCCAAAAGACUCUCCUUUCAAUUUUUUGCAGCCUAAAAGAUCUUUAAUUCAGACACGGACAACAGAGACAGAAUCACCGCAUCCAUUGUUUCCAAUAAUGACCCCCUCAUACGCAUGGAGGAACAUUAGAGAUGUGAGAGCCCCUAUGUCCAUGGACAGGCCAGGUAGUAUGUGGAGUCAGUGCGAGGAGGACUGGCCCCAAAGGCAACUGCACACAAGUCAUUCUACAGAGUCAGAAAACCUGUUUGUGUCUCAUCCAGAAGGAGGAUCCUUAAGACAAGCACUGUUUGAGAGAUCAAGCCCUGACACUUGGGUGUUUCCAAGAAUGAAACUCUAUUGAACACUUUGCUGCACACGUUCAGCUGUGUUAUAUGUCAACUCUCAGCCCCCCUGUAACUGCUGUCAGGGGGUUUGCCCAUUCUCCUAAUGCCCAGCAUAUCAGAACAAGCCAGUUCUCCUUCAUAAACAUCAGUUAUAGAUUCUUUGUGCUUUGCACUGCCUCAGAGGUAGAUUUCAUCACCCAAUGCAUAUAUACCAAAUAUUCAGUGUAAUUCCGUUCUCCUGCUGUAACCAAGUCAUUUCCUGCUGCAGUGACACCAGGCAUUCCUUAUAAAUCUGUUAUCCUCCUGUAGAUACACCCAAUAUUCAAUGCAAUCUUAUUUUACUGCUGCAAAAACACCAGACAUUUGGUGUAAUGUCAUUCUCCUGCUGCAGGCACACCACUGAAUAUUAUACCAUUCUUCUUCAGACAAACCAAACCCUGAGUGUUACUCUGUGCUUCUGUUACAGACAUUUCAAUACAGAUGCUUCUUCUGAAGGCUCAGGAAACACUUAGUCGCCUUUCAUUCGUCAUCCUCUUGCACCUUACACUGGGUCAUUACACACUCUGACUUCAGCUAUGGGCAAGCCCGGGAUAAAACAACAGGUAUCUGUCAUUAGACACGGCUUUUUUGUACAACACUAUGUAUUAAAAUAAUAAACAAAAUUGUACAAACA